AUACUAAAUUUCAAGCUUCUUAAUUUUGCAAUGGCAAGUUUGAUCAACACCGUAUACGUGAGAGCCGGUUCUUCUCCUCCAUAUUUGACACAAGCUCAGCUUUGGGAGGAAGAGGAUCAUUACUUCGAUUCUGGGAGCAACAAUCCUCAUAAUUCUCCUAUGAUUCCUCAGACGGUAUUCGAUAGAGCUGCGUACGAAAACUACACAUCUGCGUUUUAUGCGUUUGAAGCAACCGUGCCAUCGGACGAAGACUUGAAAGCUGCACUCGCAAAAGUUCUGCAGCAUUACCCGCACUUAGUAGGAAGGCUCUCGUUUGUUAAUGGUCGCACUUGUUUCUUUCUUAACAAUUGGGGUGUUCUUGUGACAGAAACCCUCGUCGAAACAACACUAGCCGAGCAACUUCCGUUCAAUCCGUCAUCGGAAGAGGUUAGGCAGCUUCUUCCCCCUGAAGGUGAGUCCGACUUGCUCCAACUUCAGCUCAACAGAUUCUCAUGUGGUGGUCUGGUUAUCGGUGCAACUUACCAUUCUCGUGUAGCUGAUGCUCAAUCCAUGAGUUCAUUCUUUGUUGCAUGGGCUAGAGUGGUUCGUGGUCUCGACGUAGAGCCACUUCCGUUUCAUGAUCGAGCUGCUGUUUGUCGACCAAGAGAACCACUAAACGUUGAAUUCAAUCACCGGUCAAUCGAGUUCAAAAAGACUGAUAUGACCCCGGUCGAAUCACCUUCCGUCGAAACGAUCAUCAUCAAUUACUCUACUGAAUUCAUAGAUAAGCUCAAAGCUAAGGUUCUCGACGAAGAAAAUUGUGAUCCAGAUCAAACAUUAAGUACUUUUGAAUGUCUACUUUCUCAUACAUGGAAGAAACUGUCGCAAGCUAGAGGACUUGACCUCGAAGCGUCGACACAAGUAAGAAUUCCAGUGAAUGGAAGAACAAGAAUUGAACCUGCAGUGCCCAUGGAGUAUUUCGGCAAUUUAGUACUAUGGGCUUAUCCUAGUUUGAAGGUUCAAGACUUGUUGCAAAACACUCAUGCAUAUGUCGCAAAAGCAAUCCACGAUGCAAUUAGCCGCGUCGAUAGUAGCUAUUUCAAGUCGUUUAUCGAUUUCGGGGAGGAAGUCGAAGGCAAAGAGUCUCUAGAAGAUGAGGAGCUAGAGGCAAUGGAACCGGAUUACGGAAACACAUUGUGUCCAAAUUUGGAAGUGGAUAGCUGGUUGGGGUAUCCAUUUCAUAAACUUGAUUUCGGCAGUGGAAGCCCUUGGGCAUUUUUUCCGGUACCCAAAAAUCAAACUGAAGGCUACAUGAAUUUCUUGCCUUCUUGCAAUGGAGAUGGCGGAGUGGAUGUGGUGCUCUCACUUUUACCUGAACAUGUUCAGGUCUUUAACCAAAUUUCUCACUCUAUCGAUGACUAGCUAAAAAGAGCGAAACAACUCGAGAACACAAUAAUAAAGAACCUGAAUUUCAGUUAGAUUGAUGAUUUGCUAUAACACGUCUGAUCUCGUAGAAUCGAUAAACUUGUGAAUUUAAAACUCAUAUUAAUAUACUAUCUCAUUACUUUGAUUAUGCAUCUGGCCGUUGACAAAGCACUUUAUGGAGUUGACUAGUUUUAGUUCAAGCUAUUUGCAGCUUCACUCGGAAGCAUUUAGAAACUCCAACAAACGGUAAACUUCUUCACUGGCAGAAACCUUCA